UUGGAUCUGUGCACUGACAGCAGCAAGCCUGAUGUGGGUCUCAAACUCAAGAACCGUGAGAUCAUGACCUGAGCCCAAGUGGGACACUCAACUGUUUCAGCCACCUGGGCACCCCUAAUUCUCUUUUAUUGUAUGUGUAAUCUGACACAUAGGGAAAGUUAAAAGUGCUUCCCUAAAUCACACUUUUAAUCAAGACCUAGAAUCUUGUAGGGGCCUUGUUGAGAAUGAAGUUUACCAGGGCCCUGUGAAGGUCUGAUUAAGUAAGUUCCUUGGAAACUACUGUUUUACAUCAAAUUUGUAAACCCUCCAGCAUCAUUUUGUAUUAAGUAUACCAGUGUACUUACUGUCACACACAUAAUGCAUGCAUUAUUUUGAGUUAUAUUUUUCAUUUGUUACUUGGUAUAGGCCUUCUGAUAAAAUGCUUAACUAUUUUUUAAAUCUUGGGUGAGGGAAAAGAAACUUCAAUGGUUGUUUCUGUAAGGCAAAGUCAACCCUAAGUAAAGUGGAUGAGGCAGACUAUUAAGGCAGGUGUAGUUUCCGAGGUGCAGUCAUUAAGGUAAAAAAUUCUGCUUUCAGGAUAUUAAAAAAGGGACUAGUUUACACUGAACUGUGGUUGGAUGUUUAAAACUUUUGCCUUGAUCUUAGGGAUAUGGAUACUCAGAUACUCCAUCUGUUCCAGGAUUCCAUCAUUAUGGAAUGCCCUCUGAUAUUCAUUUCAAAGAGUAGAUAGAUACAUUCCAUCUUCACUAAUAGCUAUGUGUGUCUCUGAAAUUCAAAAUAUUCACCAUGCCAUUUAAAAAAAAAAACCUGUGUUUCUACCACCGUCUUUGAAUAUUAAGUUCUGUAAAUUUAUUAUGUGCUAUACAAAGUACUACCAUGCUGAAAUUUUUAGAGUGCUUCCUAGGUCUAGGUUUUCUUUAGCCAUGACUUUCAUAAUUUUGUAAUUCUGCUAUGUUCCUUGACCUUGUCUCUUUUAGAUAAAAGAGUCCCAAUAAAUAUGAUAUGACAGUCCCCUAAAAAACUCCCAACACUUUGGAUAAUGUUGCUGUUAACUGUUUUUUAUUUCAUCCUAGGUAUUUUACAUAUUGUUAGUUUAAUUGAAUAUUGUUAGCUUGUUAAUUAGACAGUGGUUUAAUGGAAAAAGUAUUACCACUGGAAUCCAAGACCAACAUUUCAAUCAGUCACCUCUUUGUGUCCCUUUCAUCUAUAAAAAUGGAAGUAAUUUUACCUCUUGCCUUUUUAAGGAAAAAAAAAAAGAUAAAAGAUAUAUAAUUGCUUUAAAAGAUUCUUUUGAAUAGUGAUGUAUAAAUAUAAAAAUCAGUAAAUCUGAGCUUAAAGUUGACAUAUAACUUGUUCCCUACUUAAACUGAUUACCAAUGACUAUGGAUAUGUAUGUUCAUGAAAAAUGCAUGGAAACAGGUUCAAAUCCAGCCUUGCUACUCAGUGACUGGCCAGUUCAUUUAACUUCAGCUUCAUUGUCAAAAUGGAGGAAUUUAUGAUGGUCAGUACAGUGCUUUGAGAUUCUGAAGUUACCUUCAGAGAUCGAAGUUAUGAAAAAUUUAAAAAUAGUAGAUGAAAUCAGAAAUGGCCACUCUUAAUAAAAUACAUAAGGUAUGAAAAUGUAAACUGAGAAGAUGUAAAAAUGAGUUGGCUCUUCACAUAUACAAAUCCAUGGGCAUUUCCACCCCUCCUAGAACAGUUCUGUGUAGAAAAUUGGUCAAGGGGGACUGGCUCCUUGAGCAGAGGGCUGGAGGAUGAGAAGGAACCUGACAUAGCAAGACAAGAGGAAGGAGUAUCCCUGAAAUUGAGGAAAUAGCCAGUAUAAUGGCUCAGGGGUUGAAAGUAAGCUUGCCUUGUUCACACUUCAGAAUGAAGCCCUUGUGAUACACACUUUGAGGUAGGCAGGGAGGCCUGCUCACUUACGGUCUCGUGAUGGGAGUCAGCAGGAGAGUGACACGGAUUAAGACUUACUUGAGCUGUUCUGUAAGAAUGAACAAUGUAGGAAUGGGUGAUGGAUGGGCAAGCCAGUUAAGGGCCACAUGUAAAUAGUUCAGGAUAAUAAUGAUGGCUGAGCCAGGGUGGUAGCUGUGGAGGGAAGUAAGAAGUACUUGGUUGUAACAUAACAUUUUGAAGUUGAGGUUAAUGAGACUUAUUGGUUAGUACUUAAGAGCUUAGUAAACAGUAUGGACUUGGUAAAAGGCUUUGGGUUCAGAUAUCCACAGUGUCCUUUAUUGACUGUCCGUGUGACUUCACCAGGAUUCGCUUUCCUCAUUUGUAGGAUAGGCAUGAAAUAAUAGCACCUAUUUCAGAGGUUAGUUGCAAAAUAAAAUCCAUAAAAGCUUUUACCGUAACAAAUGUUAACUAUUACCACCAUUACUGUCUAAGUAUUACUGUUUUCCACAAAGGUGAUUUUGUUAGUUUUAGGAUUAGUCUCCCAGCUACGGGCCUUGCUGUCUCCAUACUCUUGAGAUUGCUCUUUCUGAAAUACAGAUUUCAUGGCGCUGUCCUGCUGAAAAUCCUCAGUAGCUCUCCAUUUUGAUAAAGUCAAAACUAUUGGGAAUGGUAUAUUUGGUUCUUGAUAAUAUGACUCCUUUUCUAUCUCUGUCACAAGUUCAGCCCACUUAAACCACUUAAUCUUUUGGUUCUAAGGAGAUCUCUGCAGUUCCUUAAGCAGGUAACAGGACUUCUUUCUUAUCUGUCCUUUCCCAUGCUUUUCCCCCUGCGUUGAAAUGAUCUUUUCUGGUGUUCUUCACCAGCAUCAGAAUUUUGAAGGAUUGUUUUAUAGUCCACUAGUUUCCAAUAUCGUUGAGAAGUCCAAAACCAUUCUUCUAUCUAAUUCUUUGUGUAUGAUGCCUUUUCUUUCUGGAAAAUUAGAGUUUUCCUUGCCAGUGUAUCGAAAUUUUAUAAUAUGUGCCUUGGUAUGGGGCUCUUUUCCACUGUUCUGGUCACUUGGGUGGGUACUUUCAACCUGGAAAGUAAAGCUCUUCAAUUCCGGGAAAUUUUCUUGAAUUGUUUUAGUAACUUCCUGCCCUUGAUAUUUUCUUCUCUCUAGGUCUUUUUUUAAAAAAUCUAAUAUUAGACUACAUUGACCUGACUUUCUCAUCUUUCCUUUUCCUUUGUUUCUUUGCUCUUUAAAAGGUGCCUUCAAUUUUUCUUUCUUUCUUUUUUUUUUAAAGUAAGCUCUACACACAACAUGGGGCCUCAAUUCAUGACCCCAAAAUCAAGAGUCACACGCUCCACUAACAGCCAGCCAGGCACCCCUCAAUUUUAGUUUCUAAUCCAUUUAUUGGGAUUUUCAUUUCUGGUAUAAUUUUAAUUUCUACAAGUUUAUUAGUUUUUCUUCAAAAAUAUAUUUGAAUAUAUAUACAUUCAAAGAAAAAUUAAAGUACAUAUCCAUCCUUGUUUCUUGGAUGCAAAGUCUUAACUCCAUGAAGAUGAUAGUGAUCAUUUUCUUUUGCCUACAUAGUCUAUUCCAGUCAUGUUACUUUUUAUCCUACUUGUUUAUUCAGCAUAAAUGUAUAUACAUAAUUAUAACCAGAAGAAAACAGUGAAAAGAAAAUUACAGGGCAUGUGGAAUUACAACCAUUUCACCGAAUAUUUAAAGGAUUUCUCCCAUGCUGGAAGUUAGAAUAGCCAGUGUUUUAAACCUAGGACAUAGUUUUGAGUGAAGUUUGUUGGCUGGAAUGAGGUGUGAAAUGAUUAUGCAUGGAAUGGGGCAUGUGAUGACGUUCCCCAUGACAAUUUAAUAAAGCUUACUAAGGAUUAUGCUAAAGUUUGAAUCUGUCUAUAAAUAUUCAAAUUUAACAUUCUCUAGCACCGGCAAUGGAAAUAAUAAUAAAUGUAUUGUUAAUCAUGUUUUUAGCAGAGUUUUUACCACUACUGGUGCCUGCUAAAGGACUGUAGAUUUAAUUUAAGUGCAGAGAGGAGGGCGAAUUGCAUUAAUGAAUUCCUGUUAUGUGCCAGGCACUAAUCUGAAAUUAUAAAGUGAAAUAUAUUUCCCCACAAAUGAUAUUUAUUGUUUUAUUCAUUUGGAUUGUAUUGUGCCUUAUUUGCUCUUGUAUCCUGGUGCCCAGUACAGUGUCUGACUCAUAACCAGCGCUCAGAAAAUGUUGAGCACCUGCAAAGGAAGGCAGAAUCUUUGAUUUACUCUUUUGUGUAAAGGGGAAGGGCUAAAUCUGGAUUGCCUUGUAGAUAUCCUGAACAUUUAAUUAUAUUUCUAAAAUUGAAAUGGAAUGGUUAUCAAUUUACAGUUCUUGGUAGUUUUAACUAUCCAGAACUGUAACGGCGUUUUAACGCCAUCAAAAACGAAUGCAAAACAGGAAGGGAACCCUCUCACUUGGACUCUUAAUUUCUCCCUAAUGAUCUGUGCCGGCAAAGCUGGGCGCGGAGGCCAAUCAGUGCGGCAGAUCGAGGGCCAGCCAAUCAUUCGCAGAGGCCCUAGUCCCGCCCCCGGCGCUCAGCCUCUGGCCUUUGGAUGCCCAGGCGGGGCGACACUCCCCCCAUCUCGGCACCUGCGGUGAAUUGUGUAGCGGUCUCGUCCUUCCACAACGCUGGGUCUGAGAGCCAGGUGAGUACCCGCCGGCCAGGAGUAAAUUACAUCUCCCCAUCGUAGUUCCCUCAGGGAGCUGGGGUUAAAGGCGGACCCCAAGAAGCAAAUGUACGGUCGGACUCGACUGAGGGAGCGAGUUAUGGGAUGAACAAACGGGCUUUAGUUUCCUGCAGCUGACGGUGGCCGAUGUUGGGACGGGGGUUGCUGGGGUCCGCCGGCGGCGACCAGAGCUGGGGAAUGGGGAGCAACCUCAGUGUCCUCAAGGACCCGUUGACCUUUGGGUUGGCCGUAGAGCUGAGGGUUCCCGGCCUGUCCCUGACCAGCCUCCCCCGCCCCUCGGCGUUCGCGCUGUACACAAACCGUUGCUAUGGCUGAGGAAGCCAUUUCCUUUCGGUCUCCGCCUGCAGGGGGCGCUCGGCCCUGUGGUUUCUGGAAAGAAGGUGCCCAGGUGGAAGAAAACCGGUUUUCUUGUUGCGCAUCACACUUUGGACUGGAGGUUAUUUCUGCCCGCUGAUUAGGGAAUAUGGGAAAUGGAUGUGGAUCAGGAUGAUGAUGAAGAGAUUAAAUCCAACUAGGACCGAGGUUUUUCCUAAUCAAAUUCCAAACAGAUUUGGAAAGGUUCAAAUGAGAGCGAAUAUUGUAUGACUUCCUCUUUGGAACUUGAGAAUUAACAUUUAGUAAGAUGUGCAUGGUGCCGGAAAACAACCCAAACAAACAUGGUAGUUUUCAAAAAGGAUUUUCAGGGAAAUGUUAAAACUGUGCAGAAUGAAAUUCAUUUGCUUAGCCAUGACUACCAAAGAUUAUCCAUCAUUGUGGGGUUUUGGAACAACAAAAACAUUUAAAAUUCCCGUUGAACAUUUGGAUUUCAAGUAUAUUGAAAAAUGUUCAGAUGUUAAACACUUGGAAAAAAUUCUUUGUGUGCUCAGGUCUGGUGAGGAAGGAUAUUAUCCUGAACUUACGGAAUUUUGUGAAAAGCGCCUUAAAGGCUUGGCUCCUGAAAGUAGAGCUUUGAGGAAAGAUAAGCCCGCAGCAACAGCAUCCAGCUUUACAGCAGAAGAAUGGGAAAAAAUUGACGGUGAUAUAAAGAGUUGGGUAUCAGAAAUUAAAAAUGAAGAAAAUAAAAUAUACUUUCAUGAAACUGAAACAUUUCCAGUGGUGGAAGAUAAUUUGCCUCCAGUUCGUGGUUCAAACAGCCGUCUUCAUGUUAGUAAGGAAAAAUAUUCUAAUAGUAGACCAACUAAAAGGAAAAUCCCAAGGGAUUAUGCAGAAUGGGAUAAAUUUGACGUGGAAAAAGAAUGUUCAAAAAUUGACGAAGAUUACAAAGAAAAAGCCGUAAUAAACAACAAGUCACAUUUGUCUAAAAUUGAGACGAGAAUAGACACAGCAGGUCUGACUGAGAAAGAAAAGACUUCUCUUGCUACUCGUGAAAAGGAAAAAGGAAAUGAAGCUUUCAACUCAGGAGAUUAUGAGGAGGCUGUGAUGUAUUAUACUAGGAGUAUAUCAGUGCUUCCCAAUGUAGUGGCCUAUAACAAUCGUGCUCAAGCAGAACUCAAGCUACAGAACUGGAACAGUGCUUUUCAGGAUUGUGAAAAGGUGUUGGAGUUAGAACCUGGAAACUUAAAGGCUCUUCUGCGCCGUGCCACUACAUAUAAACAUCAAAACAAGCUCCAGGAAGCUAUAGAAGAUUUGAAUAAAGUACUGAAUGUUGAACCUGAUAAUGAGUUGGCCAAAAAGACCUUGUUGGAGGUUGAAAGAGAUCUGAAAAAUUCUCAACCUGCACCUAAGACUGAAACCAAAGGGAAGAGAAUGGUAAUCCAGGAAGUAGAAAACUCAGAGGAUGAAGGUGGAAAGGACAGCAGAAGAAAACAUGAAGACAACAGCGGAGAUAAGAAGGGCGCGGAGCCGGCGGGAGCUAGGAGCGCCGCGGAGCCGUGCGCCAUGGGCAACAUCCAGAAGAAGCUGACCGGCAAGAGCGAGGGUGGCAAGCGGUCGGAGAGGGGCGCGCCGCGGCGGGGUCGGUCGCCAGGGGCCGGCGCGGACAAGCGGGGCCGACCGCGUGCUUCGGCGGCGGCGGCGGAGGGCGGCGCCAGCCGGCACCCUGGCGGCGGGCGGGGCGCGGGAGACCCCACCGCCGCGCCCCCGUCCCCCGCCGCCCCUCUCGGCCCCGCUAGCCUGAAGAGCCAGGGCAACGAGCUGUUCAGAAGCGGGCAGUUCCCCGAGGCGACCCUCAAGUACUCGGCGGCGAUCGCGCAGCUGGAGCCUGCAGGAAGUGGAAGCGCAGAUGAUCUAAGUAUCUUAUAUUCAAAUAGAGCAGCGUGUUACCUAAAAGAAGGAAACUGCAGCGGCUGCAUUCAAGAUUGUACCAGGGCUCUGGAACUUCAUCCAUUCUCCAUCAAACCUCUUCUUCGACGAGCAAUGGCCUAUGAAACUUUAGAGCAGUAUCAGAAAGCUUAUGUGGAUUAUAAAACGGUGUUGCAAAUGGACUGCACAAUCCAGCUAGCGAAUGACAGUAUUAACAGGAUAACAAGAAUUUUAAUGAAUCUGGAUGGACCAAGCUGGCGGGAGAAGCUGUCACCCAUUCCUGCUGUGCCCACUUCCACGCAUUUACGAGCUUGGCAGCCUGCUACAGAGACACCCCCAGACCAAGUGGGAGACUCCUGUAGCCAUUCCCAGCCUGGCAUCACAGAUGAAAAAAUGUUUAAAACCCUUAAAGAAGAAGGAAAUCAAUGUGUAAAGGACAAAAACUAUAAAGAUGCCCUUAGUAAAUACAUUGAAUGCUUAAAGAUUAACAACAAGGAAUGUGCCAUUUAUACAAACAGAGCUCUGUGUUACUUGAAGCUGUGCCAAUUUGAAGAGGCAAAGCAGGAUUGUGAUCGGGCACUUGAGAUAGAUAACAGGAAUGUAAAAGCGUGCUACAGACGAGCUCUGGCUCAUAAAGGACUCAAGUGUCCUGCUGGACAGAGGGAGAAGGGAUGUGGCAUCACAGCUGGUCCCCCAGGAACGUCACGUAACCACAAGCUUAGCUUCCCGUGCCCCAGCCUCCAGAGCAGGCCGUUAUUGGAUUAUCAGAAAAGCUUAAACGAUCUCAAUAAAGUUCUUCUGCUGGAUUCAAGUAUUAUUGAGGCAAAGAUGGAACUGGAAGAGGUAACCAGACUCCUUAAGGAUAAUGCUUCAUUCAACAAAGAAAAAGAGAGAAGGAAAAUUGAAAUUCAAGAGGUGAACGAAGGCCAUGAAGAAGAGCCUGAAAGGACCUCUGAGGAGGUGUCCAAUGACUGCUUUGCCACCAGGAAGGAGGACACAACCAAUGGGCCACCAGCAUACUGUGAAACACUCCCGAUCACCAGGCCUACCAAUGCCUAUGAAUUUGGUCAGGUUAUAAAUGCCAUCAGCACGAGGAAUGAUAAAGAGGCCUGUGCACACCUUUUAGCCGUCACUGAACCGAAAGAUUUGCCAGUGUUGUUGAGUAACAAACUUGAAGGGGAUACAUUCCUCCUCCUCAUUCAGUCUCUGAAAAAUAAUCUUAUUGGGAAAGAUCCUUCUUUGGUGUAUCAGCAUCUUUUCUAUCUAAGUAAAGCAGAAAGGUUCAAGAUGAUGUUGACACUAAUUAGCAAGGGCCAAAAGGAGCAAAUUGAACAGCUCUUUGAUGACCUCUCAGACACACCAAACAAACAUUAUACUUUAGAAGAUGUACAGGCCCUAAGAAGGAAGUAUGAGCUUUAAAUGAAGGCUAUUGUUAGAUUUCUUCCAUGCAUGUAUGAGUUCCAGUAGUGCUAAUGGGAUGGUAUUGUAAUAGCAUUGCAUGGAUAAAACCUGGUUUCGAAAAGAUCCUUUGGUUUGGACUGUAAAAUAUUUUAUGUAUUUUUAUAUAGAGAACAUGUAUAUUCUACGAUAUGCUUUUAUUAGUUGUAAAUAUUUUCCUACGUACCAGAGCUAACAUCUUUAUAUUUAAUAAGUAUAUUUGGAACUUGUUCAAGUACAUUUUAAUUUCUAUUCUAAAUUUUCUUUUAAUAACUCGUUAAAAAUUUGAGUUCCAUUCCUUUGGGCCAUAAAGGAUUCCUCUUAAGUUUGAUAGAAGUGUAUUUCUUUAAAAGUGAAAAUCAUUAACAGUGAUUAUUAUAUCACCUUUAUUUCCUGCUAUGAUAUAUAUAUAAAUACUAUUUUAUACUACUUCUGGAUUACAAUCCGCUAAGGUAAAAUGUAACACUUAAAUCUUACAAUAUGAAAUGAUUAUUAAAUAAAUUAUUAACUUAGAGCUAUAAGAGAACUUCUUUUCUCACGUGGAAACAUUGCCUAAUUAAAGAACAAAAAUUGGCAAAAAUUUCUACUACUUACUACUUUUUACUAGAUUUUAAAGUGCGGUUUCCCAAACAACUGUAUAAAAGCAGACUAAGCCUGCAUUGUCCCCUCCACAUUUUCCCCAACGUUUAGAUGUUGUCUUCACCCUUUUUUCCCGCCCCCCCCCCCAUAUAUUCCCUCAACGGAAAAGUGAAGUCUUACUAAAAUCUCCUUUGUUAACUGGGUCAAAGUAAAGGUAUUUCUUACAAUAAAACAUUCAGGUCUCUA